CUCACCAGCUGGCUUGUUUUUGCCAUUUCAAGUGCGGAUCCGUUUGCAGAGAACGCACUCAAUCCCGGGAGUCUGACAGAAGCUCGUGCGUAAAGACACUCCACUCUCCAAAUCGGUUUUACGCACCGGAGCAGAGAGAGAGAGAGAGAAGGCGAGAAGCAGCUGCCGUUUUUUGUGCAGUUCUCUCAGAAAGACUUUACCCAAACUCAUCCUGGCAAGGUAAAGUCACUUUCACUGGCUUUUCCUCUCGCGAGAGCACAUUCAUAACUACCCCGUUUCACGCGUAAUUUGGCACCAAACAGUUUUUCGUAUGAAUCUCCUCGACCCUUACCUGAAGAUGACGGAGGAACAAGACAAGUGUCUCUCUGAUGCCCCGAGCCCGAGUAUGUCCGAGGACUCCGCGGGCUCUCCGUGCCCGUCCGGCUCGGGCUCCGACACCGAGAACACCCGGCCGACGGAGAACGGGCUCCUCAGAGCGGACGGGACCCUGGCCGACUUCAAGAAGGACGAGGACGAUAAGUUUCCCGCUUGCAUCCGCGAGGCUGUGUCCCAGGUGCUCAAGGGCUACGACUGGACCCUGGUGCCUAUGCCGGUGCGCGUUAACGGAUCUACCAAGAACAAGCCUCACGUUAAGAGACCGAUGAAUGCCUUCAUGGUUUGGGCUCAGGCUGCGCGGAGGAAGCUGGCGGAUCAGUACCCACACCUGCAUAACGCGGAGCUCAGCAAAACUCUGGGGAAACUCUGGAGACUUCUCAACGAAGGGGAGAAGCGGCCGUUUGUGGAGGAGGCUGAGCGGCUCCGGGUGCAGCACAAGAAGGAUCACCCGGACUACAAAUACCAGCCCCGGCGCAGGAAGUCGGUGAAGAACGGACAGAGCGAGCCGGAGGACGGCAGCGAGCAGACGCACAUUUCCCCCAAUGCCAUCUUCAAAGCCCUGCAGCAGGCGGACUCCCCAGCCUCCAGCAUGGGAGAGGUGCACUCCCCGGGUGAGCACUCAGGCUCCCAGGGGCCCCCCACUCCUCCCACCACCCCAAAGACUGAUGUCAGCUCAGGCAAGAUGGACCUAAAGCGUGAAGGGGGCCUCCGCUCUCUGCCCGAUGGCCCUGGUGGGCGCCAGCUCAACAUCGAUUUCCGCGAUGUGGACAUUGGUGAGCUCAGCAGCGAUGUCAUCUCACACAUUGAGACCUUUGAUGUCAACGAGUUUGACCAGUACCUCCCGCCUAACGGGCACCCGGGCGUCCCUGGCAACGCCACGCCGGUCAGCUACACGGGCAGCUACAGCAUCAGCAGCGGCGCCCCAGUCAGCCCGCAGGCGGGAGGCGCCGCGGCCUGGAUGGCUAAAAGCCAGAACCAGCAGGGACAGCAGCAGCAGCAGCACACCCUGACCACCCUGGGGAGCAGCGGCAGCUCAGAGGCAGCUCAGGCCCAGCACAGGACCCAGAUCAAGACGGAGCAGCUGAGUCCGAGCCACUACAGCGAGCAGCAGGGCUCCCCGCAGCACAUCGCCUACAGCCCCUUCAACCUGCAGCACUACAGCCCCCCCCCUUCCUCCUACCCGCCCAUCUCCAGGGCGCAGCAGUACGAGUACUCCGACCACCAGGGGGGCAGCACCACCGCCUCCUACUACAGCCACGCGGGGGCGGGGCAGGGCUCGGGGCUGUACUCGACUUUCAGCUACAUGAGCAGCCCCAGCCAGAGGCCCAUGUACACGCCCAUAGCCGACAACACGGGGGUGCCCUCCAUCCCCCAGAGCAGCCCGCAGCACUGGGAGCAGGCUCCGGUUUACACCCAGCUCACCAGACCCUGAGCUGCCCGGCAGACUGAGAGACAACACACACACACACACCCAACCAUACACCCACCCACACACAUACACACACAUGCACACACACACACACACACUCCAAAACACUUUACUCCAGGGCGAGUUCUUCCCCUGAAUCAGACACUUGAAUUCAAAGAAGAGGAGAGCUGGACUUGUGAUUGGCUCACAUCGUGCCUUGCUAUUGUACCAUGAUAGAAACUAUAUAUAUAUUUUUAGAGAGAUGAAAAGACUUAAGAAAAUCCUCUGUGAGGACUUAUCGAUUGUUGAUAUUUCAGUAGGUACUGUGUAUGUUUCUUUUUGGGGUUUUUUUUUUUCUUCAUAUGCUGGCAGUUUGUAA